AUGGGAGACGCCGUCAUGAGGGAGUUUGGGCCGGCUGCCCCAUUUCUGCGCAAGUCUGACAAGGAACGUCUGGAGGCGCAGACCCGUCUCUUUGACAUGAAGAAGGAGUGCUUUGUGCCCGACCCUGAGGUGGAGUACGUGAAGGCCUCCAUUACCAGUCGGGAUGGUGACAAAGUCACUGUCCUGACUGAGCACGGAAAGAGUGUGACAGUGAAAGAAGUAGAUGUCCAUCCUCAGAACCCGCCAAAGUUUGAUAAAAUUGAAGACAUGGCGAUGUUCACCUUCCUUCAUGAACCUGCUGUGCUGUUUAACCUCAAAGAGCGUUAUGCAGCAUGGAUGAUCUAUACCUACUCUGGGCUGUUCUGUGUCACUGUCAACCCCUACAAGUGGCUACCAGUGUAUGACAAGGAGGUGGUUGUUGCCUACAGAGGCAAGAAGAGGAGUGAGGCUCCCCCUCACAUUUUCUCCAUCUCUGAUAACGCCUACCAGUACAUGUUGGCAGACAGAGAGAACCAGUCUGUCCUGAUCACUGGAGAAUCCGGAGCUGGGAAGACUGUUAACACCAAAAGAGUCAUUCAGUACUUUGCCAGUAUUGCCGCUGUAUCUGGGAAAAAAGAUGCAGCCUCUGAGAAAAAAGGAACCCUGGAGGAUCAAAUCAUCCAGGCUAACCCAGCUCUUGAGGCCUUUGGUAAUGCAAAGACCAUCAGAAAUGACAACUCAUCAAGAUUUGGAAAGUUCAUCCGCAUUCACUUUGGGGUCAGUGGAAAGCUAGCUUCUGCUGAUAUUGAGACCUAUCUUCUGGAAAAGUCUCGGGUAACAUACCAACUGAAAGCUGAAAGAGACUACCAUAUUUUCUACCAAAUUCUCUCCCAAAAGAAGCCUGAGUUGCUAGAAAUGCUGCUCAUCACCAGCAACCCCUAUGACUAUGCCUACAUCUCCCAAGGAGAGACGACCGUAGCCUCCAUCAAUGAUGCGGAGGAGCUAAUGGCGACUGAUGAAGCUUUUGAUGUCCUGGGCUUCACUGUGGAAGAGAAGAACAGCAUUUACAAGCUGACUGGUGCCAUAAUGCACUAUGGCAACAUGAAGUUCAAGCAGAAGCAGCGUGAGGAGCAGGCAGAGGCCGAUGGCACUGAGGAUUGCGACAAAUCAGCAUACCUGAUGGGUUUGAACUCUGCUGACCUCAUCAAGGGUUUGUGUCACCCGAGGGUCAAAGUAGGCAACGAGUGGGUCACUAAGGGCCAGAAUGUCCAACAGGUGAACUACGGCAUUGGUGCACUGGCUAAGUCAGUGUAUGAAAAGAUGUUCCUAUGGAUGGUGGUGAGAAUCAAUCAGUCCCUGGACACCAAACAACCUCGCCAGCAUUUCAUAGGAGUGCUGGACAUAGCCGGUUUUGAGAUCUUUGAUUUCAACACUUUUGAGCAACUAUGCAUCAACUUCACCAAUGAGAAGCUGCAACAGUUUUUCAAUCAUCACAUGUUUGUGCUUGAGCAAGAAGAGUAUAAGAAAGAAGGAAUUGAGUGGACAUUUAUAGAUUUUGGAAUGGACUUGCAAGCUUGCAUUGACCUCAUUGAAAAGCCUAUGGGUAUCAUGUCCAUCCUUGAAGAGGAGUGCAUGUUCCCUAAGGCCAGUGAUGCUACAUUUAAAGCAAAGCUUUAUGACAACCACCUGGGGAAAUCCAACAACUUCCAGAAGCCGCGAGUAGUGAAAGGAAAACCAGAGGCCCAUUUCUCCCUGGUUCACUAUGCUGGCACUGUGGACUACAACAUCUGCAACUGGCUGGUGAAGAACAAGGACCCUCUGAAUGAGACGGUUGUUGGACUUUACCAAAAGUCUACAAUGAAACUCCUGUCAAUGCUCUUUGCAAACUAUGCUGGAGCUGAGUCAGAUUCUGGUGGAAAGGGCAAAAGUGGUGGAGGAGCAAAGAAGAAGGGCUCCUCUUUCCAAACGGUGUCUGCUUUGCACAGGGAAAACCUGAACAAGUUGAUGACGAACCUGAGGUCCACUCACCCCCACUUUGUGCGCUGCCUCAUCCCCAAUGAGACCAAGACUCCUGGGGCGAUGGACAACCCCUUGGUGAUGCACCAGCUGCGCUGUAACGGUGUGCUGGAAGGCAUCAGGAUCUGCAGGAAGGGCUUCCCCAACAGGAUUCUGUACGGGGACUUCAAACAGAGAUACCGGAUUCUAAAUCCAUCUUCAAUCCCAGAGGGGCAAUUCAUAGACAGCAAAAAGGCUGCAGAGAAACUACUGGGUUCUCUGGAUAUUGACCAUAACCAGUAUAAAUUAGGCCAUACCAAGGUGUUUUUUAAAGCUGGCUUGCUUGGUCAGCUUGAGGAGAUGCGAGAUGACAGACUGGCUCUGAUCAUCACAGCAAUACAGGCCAGAUCCAGAGGUUUUCUGGCAAGAGCUGAAUUCCAAAAGAUCCUUGAGCGCAGGGAUUCUCUAUUGGUGAUUCAAUGGAAUGUCCGUGCCUUUAUGGGUGUGAAGAACUGGCUUUGGAUGAGGCUUUAUUUCAAGAUCAAGCCUCUCUUAAAAUCAGCAGAAACUGAGAAGGAGAUGGCAAACAUGAAAGAAGAGUUUACAAAGCUCAAAGAGGCCUUUGCUAAAUCUGAAGCUCGCAAAAAGGAGUUGGAGGAAAAAAUGGUCUCACUUCUCCAAGAGAAGAAUGACCUUCAGCUACACAUUCAGGCUGAGCAAGACAAUCUCUCAGAUGCUGAGGAGAGGUGUGAGGGGCUGAUCAAGAGCAAGAUCAGUCUUGAGGCCAAAAUCAAAGAGCUGACUGAGAGGCUGGAGGACGAGGACGAGAUGAAUGCUGAGCUGACUGCUAAGAAGAGGAAGCUGGAGGAUGAGUCCUCUGAGCUCAAGAAGGACAUUGAUGACCUGGAACUCACCUUGGCUAAAGUGGAGAAAGAAAAGCAUGCCACUGAGAACAAGGUGAAAAAUCUAACUGAAGAAAUGGCAGGCCUCGAUGAAAUCGUUGCCAAGCUUACCAAGGAAAAGAAAGCUCUGCAAGAGGCACAUCAGCAGACUCUAGAUGAUCUGCAAAGUGAGGAGGACAAAGUCAACACCCUCACCAAGGCCAAAGCCAAGCUAGAGCAGCAAGUGGAGGAUCUUGAAGGCUCUCUAGAACAAGAAAAGAAGCUGAGGAUGGACCUUGAAAGAGUCAAGAGGAAGUUGGAGGGUGACUUAAAGUUGACCCAGGAGAGUGUCAUGGACUUGGAGAAUGACAAACAACAACUGGAAGAGCGGCUGAAGAAAAAAGACUUUGAAAUGAGUCAACUCAACAGCAAGAUUGAGGAUGAACAGACAAUGGUCAUUCAGAUCCAGAAAAAAAUGAAGGAGCUACAGGCCCGUAUAGAGGAGCUGGAAGAAGAGCUUGAGGCAGAGCGAGCUGCCAGGGCUAAAGUGGAGAAACAGAGAGCAGACCUGGCCAGAGAGCUGGAGGAGAUCAGUGAGAGGCUGGAGGAGGCUGGCGGAGCCACUGCUGCCCAGAUUGAGAUGAACAAGAAGAGGGAGGCCGAGUUCCAGAAGCUCCGCAGAGACCUUGAAGAGGCCACUCUGCAUCACGAAGCUACGGCCGCCACCCUGAGGAAGAAACAAGCCGACAGCGUAGCUGACCUGGGAGAGCAGAUAGACAACCUGCAGAGAGUCAAGCAGAAGCUGGAGAAGGAGAAGAGUGAACUCAGGCUGGAGCUGGAUGAUGUGGUCUCCAACAUGGAACAGGUUGUGAAGGCCAAGGCAAACCUAGAAAAGAUGAGCAGAACCCUAGAGGACCAGAUGAAUGAAUACCGAACCAAGGCAGAAGAAGGCCAGCGCAGCAUCAGUGAUUUUACAAUGCAAAGAGCCAAGCUUCAGACUGAAAAUGCUGAGUUUUCCAGGCGACUUGAGGAGAAAGACUCUUUAGUCUCUCAGCUGACCAGAGGCAAGCAGUCCUACACCCAACAAAUUGAGGAUCUAAAAAGACAGCUGGAGGAAGAAGUCAAGGCCAAGAAUGCUCUUGCUCAUGCAGUGCAGUCUGCUCGCCAUGACUGUGACCUGCUCAGAGAGCAGUAUGAGGAGGAGCAGGAGGCCAAGGCUGAGCUGCAGAGAUCCAUGUCCAAGGCCAACUCUGAUGUGGCACAGUGGAGAACCAAGUACGAAACUGAUGCCAUCCAGAGAACUGAGGAACUGGAGGAGGCAAAGAAGAAACUGGCUCAGCGCUUGCAAGAUGCUGAGGAAGCUGUGGAGGCUGUGAAUGCUAAAUGCUCUUCCCUGGAGAAGACCAAACACAGGCUCCAGUAUGAGAUUGAAGAUCUCAUGGUGGAUGUUGAACGAUCCAAUGCUGCAGCUGCUGCCUUAGACAAAAAGCAAAGGAACUUUGACAAGGUCUUGGCAGAGUGGAAGCAGAAGUAUGAGGAGUCCCAGACAGAGCUGGAGAGCUCCCAGAAGGAGGCCAGGGCUUUGAGCACGGAACUCUUCAAACUGAAAAACUCCUAUGAAGAAUCUCUGGAUCACUUGGAGACAAUGAAGAGAGAGAACAAGAACCUCCAAGAGGAGAUUUCUGAUAUCAGUGAACAACUUGGUGAGAGUGGCAAGAGCAUCCAUGAGUUGGAAAAGAUCCGUAAACAGCUGGAUCAAGAGAAAUCUGAGAUUCAAGGGGCUUUGGAAGAAGCAGAGACUUCCUUGGAGCAUGAGGAAGGUAAGAUUCUAAGGGCCCAGCUUGAGUUCAACCAAGUGAAGGCUGAAAUUGAGCGCAAACUUACUGAGAAAGAGGAAGAGAUGGAGCAGGCCAGGAGAAAUCAGCAGAGAGUCGUAGACACUCUGCAGAGUUCUCUGGAGUCCGAGACCCGCAGUAGGAACGAGGCCCUCAGGAUUAAGAAAAAGAUGGAGGGCGACCUCAAUGAGAUGGAGAUCCAGCUGAGUCAGGCCAACAGACAGGCAGCAGAGGCCCAGAAGCAACUUCGAGGUCUCCACAUGAGUCUGAAGGAUGCCCAGCUGCAGUUGGAUGAGUCUUUUCGUGCCAAUGAUGAUCUGAAGGAGAACAUUGCUAUCGUGGAGAGACGCAACAACCUCCAGCAGGCCGAGCUGGAGGAGCUGAUGGGUGUGGUGGAGCAGACUGAGAGAGGCCGCAAGCUGGCAGAGCAGGAGCUGAUGAAUGUCAGUGAGAGGGUGCAGCUGCUCCACUCACAGAACACCAGUCUCCUGAACCAGAAGAAGAAGCUGGAGAAUGAUACAACCCAGCUUCAGACCGAGGUGGAAGAGGCUGUUCAGGAGUGCAGGAAUGCUGAGGAGAAAGCCAAGAAGGCCAUCACUGAUGCUGCCAUGAUGGCAGAGGAGCUGAAGAAGGAGCAGGACACGAGUGCUCACCUGGAGCGCAUGAAGAAGAACAUGGAGCAGACCAUUAAGGACCUACAGCACCGCCUUGAUGAGGCAGAGCAAAUCGCCAUGAAGGGGGGCAAGAAGCAAGUGCAGAAGCUGGAGGCUAGGGUGAGAGAACUGGAGAAUGAAGUUGAGUUGGAGCAAAGGAAGUGUAGCGAUGCUGUAAAGGGUAUUCGGAAAUAUGAACGCCGCGUCAAAGAGCUCACUUACCAGACUGAAGAGGACAAGAAGAAUCUCACCCAGCUGCAAGACCUGGUGGACAAGCUGCAGUUGAAGGUCAAAGCCUACAAGAGAACAGCAGAGGAGGCUGAGGAACAGGCCAACACCAACAUGGGCAAGUUCCGCAAAAUGCAGCAUGAGCUGGAUGAGGCUGAGGAGAGAGCCGAUAUUGCUGAAUCUCAGGUCAACAAGCUGCGUGCCAAGAGCCGGGAUGUUGGUCCCAAGAUAGGACAUGAUGAAGAAUGAAGACAUGAGAUGAGGCAUAUUACUUUGUGUACACCGUCUAGAUUUAACAAACUUUGUGUAAAGUCGGUUGACUUAACUCUUCAUUAUGGAGGGAUAACAAAACAUUUACCUCUCUAAUGUUAAUGUCUUC